UCGAAGCAGUUUUGUCAUCCAGCUUAGGUGUUGAGAGAUAAAAUAUUUUAAUAUUUCCUGUGGUUUACCAGGUUGGGUUUUUUUGGUUUUUUUUUCACCGUGUUCUCUCUGUUGUUUUUUGUGCUCCAGGUUUUCCAGGAGAAAAAAAUAAGCAGGAAUCUUGCCCGGAGCUCUGUCACCACCAUGACUUCCGUGGUUUGGGAAUACGGUUGAAAAUUGAAAAAUUCCAAUAAUUUAUUUACACCGCGGAGAAAGGAAUAAAAAUAAGAAUAAAAAUAAAAGGAGGAAGAUUUUUUUUUUUUUUUUUUUGGCGCAUCCAGAUCCAUCCGAGGAUGCUGAAAAAACCUCUUCAGGCGGGGAGGAACCUCAAGCGAGCGCCGGGAAUAUUCCGGUGACGAUCUCGGCGACGAUUUCGGCGACGAUCUCGGCGACGAUUUCGGCGACGAUUUCGGCGACGAUCGCGGCGACGAUUCCGUUUCCAGGAGGAUGUGCCGGGCUGGAAGGAUGGCUCUGGGCUGGCUGCUGUGCUCCCUGGGGAUUUGGGGGGUCUGGGUGCUGCCCACGGCGGGGCACAGCCUGUUCUCCUGCGAGCCCAUCGUGCUCCGGAUGUGCCAGGACCUGCCCUACAACGCCACCUUCAUGCCCAACCUCCUCAACCACUACGACCAGCAGACAGCAGCUCUGGCAAUGGAGCCCUUCCAUCCCAUGGUGAACCUGGAAUGCUCCCGGGAUUUCCGGCCCUUCCUGUGUGCCCUGUACGCCCCGGUGUGCAUGGAGUACGGGCGGGUGACGCUGCCCUGCCGCCGCCUCUGCCAGCGCGCCCACAGCGAGUGCUCCAAGCUCAUGGAGAUGUUCGGUGUCUCCUGGCCCGAGGAUAUGGAGUGCACCAGGUUCCCAGAUUGUGACGAGCCCUAUCCUCGCCUGGUUGACCUCAACUUGGCCGGAGAGCCCACUGAGGAGGCCCCGAUGGCCGUCCAGAGGGAUUACGGAUUUUGGUGCCCUCGGGAGCUGAAAAUCGACCCGGACCUGGGUUACUCCUUCCUGAGGGUCCGGGAUUGCUCCCCUCCUUGCCCCAACAUGUAUUUCCGUCGGGAGGAGCUGUCCUUCGCCCGCUACUUCAUCGGAGUCAUCUCCAUCGUCUGCCUCUCGGCCACCUUGUUCACCUUCCUUACCUUCCUCAUCGACGUCACGCGGUUCCGCUACCCGGAGCGGCCCAUCAUCUUCUACGCCGUCUGCUACAUGAUGGUGUCCCUCAUCUUCUUCAUCGGUUUCCUGCUGGAGGACAGGGUGGCCUGCAACGCCUCCAGCCCUUCCCAGUACAAAGCCUCCACGGUGACCCAGGGCUCCCACAACAAAGCCUGCACCAUGCUCUUCAUGGUGCUCUACUUCUUCACCAUGGCCGGCAGCGUCUGGUGGGUCAUCCUCACCAUCACCUGGUUCCUGGCCGCCGUGCCCAAGUGGGGCAGCGAGGCCAUCGAGAAGAAAGCCCUGCUCUUCCACGCCAGCGCCUGGGGCAUCCCGGGCACUCUGACCAUCAUCCUCCUGGCCAUGAACAAGAUCGAGGGUGACAACAUCAGCGGCGUGUGCUUCGUCGGCCUCUACGACGUGGACGCGCUGAGAUAUUUCGUGCUGGCUCCUCUCUGCCUGUACGUGGUGGUGGGAGUCUCCCUCCUGCUGGCCGGAAUCAUCUCCCUCAACCGCGUCCGCAUCGAGAUCCCGCUGGAGAAGGAGAACCAGGACAAGCUGGUCAAGUUCAUGAUCCGCAUCGGCGUCUUCAGCGUGCUGUACCUCGUGCCCCUGCUGGUGGUCAUCGGCUGCUACUUCUACGAGCAGGCGUACCGGGGCAUGUGGGAGACAACGUGGGUCCAGGAGCGCUGCAGGGAGUACCACAUCCCCUGUCCCUACCAGGUCACUCAGAUGAGCCGUCCAGACCUGAUUUUGUUCCUCAUGAAGUAUCUGAUGGCCUUGGUGGUUGGGAUCCCCUCGGUGUUCUGGGUUGGAAGCAAGAAGACCUGCUUUGAGUGGGCCAGCUUCUUCCAUGGACGCAGGAAAAAAGAAGUCGUCAACGAGAGCCGCCAAGUGCUGCAAGAGCCAGACUUCGCCCAGUCCCUCCUGAGGGACCCCAACACCCCCAUUAUCCGAAAAUCCAGGGGCACUUCCACCCAGGGCACCUCCACGCACGCCUCGUCCACGCAGCUGGCCAUGCUGGAUGAGCAGAGGAGCAAAGCCGGCAGCAUCCACAGCAAAGUCAGCAGCUACCACGGCAGCCUGCACCGCUCGCGGGACGGACGGUACACUCCCUGCAGCUACAGGGGCGUGGAGGAACGACUACCUCACGGCAGCAUGUCCCGGCUGACCGACCACUCCAGGCACAGCAGCUCGCACCGGCUGAACGAGCAGUCGAGGCACAGCAGCAUCAGGGACCUCAGCAGCAACCCAAUGACACACAUCACACACGGCACCAGCAUGAACCGCGUCAUCGAGGAGGAUGGCACCAGUGCCUGA